UCAGGAAAGGCAGGGGAGGUGAGAUCUCUGGCUGUGUGGGGCCUGGGCCAGGGUGCAUACAGCUGGGUGUCCCCCUUCCGAGGCCCUCCCCAGUUGGCCCAGGGCUCAGAGCAAGGACUCAGGAACCUGGGGCCUUAGCGCCCAGCCUUGUGGUUCCGGGGCCCUCAAGGAGCAGACUACUGUCUCCAUUCCUUCCUCCCUGGAGUGGGUGCCAGAUGGAGCUCUGUCCAGAAGCCUGUCCAGUUAGGACUCUCUCCAUAGGCCUGAACCUGGGGAAUAGGAAAGCAGUGUCCUGUCCAUCUCUUCUCCCCAAGGAGAUCUCUCCUGAUGAAAAGCCCCAAAGUCUUUGUGUGCAGGCAUCAUGUGCACGUGCAUACACACACACACACACACACACACACACACACACGUUCUGGUACAGAGUGGCAGCUCAGUGAUUAAAUGAAUGAAUGAAUGAACACACCAACAUACAUGCCCACUGACACUCACAUAUAACACAACCCCAGCUCACACCCACAAACACACUGACAGGUAACAUACAAAGUUGCAUUCAAUACCUUCUCACACUGAUUUGCCUACACAACUCUAUUUUAAGCCAACACAUCACACACCUUCACACAAAUGUGCAUUUUUUUAUCGGGGCAUUUUUUGUUUAUUUUUCUUUUUGGCUGUGCUGGGUCUUUGUCGCUGCACAGGUUGUGGCAAGCAGAGGCUCCUUUCUGGUUGUGCUGCGCAGGCUUCUCAUUGUGGUGGCUUCUCUUGUUGCGGAGCAUGGGCUCUAGGGCGCACAGGCUCCGGCAGUUGCAGCUCACGGGCUCAGCAGCUGUGGCUCCCGGGCUCUAAAGCACAGACUAAGUAGUCUUGGCGCACAGGCUUAGCUGCUCCUCGGCAUGCGGGAUCUUCCUGGGCCGGGGAUCAGACUCGUGUCUCCUGCAUUGGCAGGUGGAUUCUUAUCCCCUGAGCUGCCAGGGAAGCCCUAAAUGAGCAUUUUAUAUGAACCUGUGCAGUCUCACCCAUGAGAAACACGUGUUGUUUCACCAGUUCAGAAGGCCUUCUUUCUUCCUUUGAGAUAAUAACAUGGGGGUAAUAAAAAGCCUAGUCUGGAGAGUUCUCUGGUGGUCCAGUGGUUAGGACUCCACGCUUUCACUGUGGAGGCCCAGGUUCAAUCCCUGGUUGGGGAACUGAGAUCCUGCAAGACUUGUGGCACAGCCAAAAAAACAAAAAAGAAGCACAUUCUUCUUAGGAUUCUUGGGAAAAUUCAGAGAUUAUGCUCACCAAGCAUUUCACUCGGGCCUAGUCAAGUGUGUCCUGUUUACCAUAUAUUCAGCCACUAUUGUAUUAUUAUUGUUAUUUCAUGUACAAAUGCACAGUUUGGGAGCUGCCACCUGCCCUUCUCUCCUGCCUCCAAAGCUUAGAACACAAUCCCUGGCAUCCACUCUGGACCCAGAGCAACCAGGCAAGACAAACCUCGGGGGCCCAAGGCCACAUCCAGUGGGUGUAGCUGGAAGGGGCCAGGGAGGGAGCUGGCUGGCGGGAAGGACAGGGUCUGGCCUAUUGUGGACACUUCACAGCCUCCUCCGGCUGGACUGGCAGGGGCCCGGGCAGGGGUGAUGAGGUGGCUGAGGCUCUCAGGCUCUGGACAUGUGGAAGCUCGUGUCUCCUUGUCUCUCGACUCACCAGACCUCUGUGUGUCUUUACAGCCCAGCCAGGUGGAAGAUGCUCUGUCUGGGGAGGAGGAUAAGGAAGAGGAGGAGGAAAAGGAGGAGGAGACAACCCCAGCCCCAGCUCCAGUUUCCGAACGACCCGUGGUGCCCCAGCUGGCAGGGGCCAGCCAGGUUCUGGGAGCCUCGGAAAUGAGUCAGCUCAGUCUCCACCUACCCCCAAGAGUCACUGGAUACUCCUGGAGCCUGGCCUUCUGCACGUCAAGGGACGGCUUCAGUCUGCAGAGCCUGUACAGGCAGAUGGAGGGCCACAGCGGGCCGGUGCUGCUGGUGCUGAGAGACCAGGACGGGCAGAUGUUUGGGGCCUUCUCCUCCUCGGCCCUUCGACUCAGCAAAGGCUUCUAUGGUACUGGCGAGAACUUCCUCUUCUCCUUCUCUCCACAGCUGAAGGUCUUCAAGUGGACAGGAAGCAACUCUUUCUUUGUGAAAGGCGACUUGGAUUCUCUGAUGAUGGGCUGUGGCAGUGGCCACUUUGGGCUGUGGUUGGAUGGAGACUUGUACCGUGGGGGGAGCCACCCCUGUGCGACCUUCAACAAUGAGGUGCUGGCCCGGCAGGAGCAGUUCUGCAUCAACGAGCUGGAGGCCUGGGUCCUGAGCUGAUGCCACGGCGGGCAGCUUCCUGAGCCAACAGGUGUUCAGACCCGCCCCUGGAUGCCGACGAGGCUGCACUCACCCAGGGCAGCCCAUUCCAUCCGAAACACAGAUGGAGAAGUGUCCGGUGUGGACUGUGACUGAGUGCAGCCUCUUGGCGCCUGAGGACCAAGACAGCUGUGGAGACAGGCCACAUUCUACUGGAGAGGGGAUGGAGUAAAAGACAGUUAUACCUCACCUGAGCACGACAAAAUUCCUCAGGAAAAUGAUCCUUUUAGAGAGUACAUAGUUAAUAUGUGUUUAUUGUAGAAAAACCAGAAGAUGUAAAAAAAUUAAAACUGCCUACAAUUCAACCACCCCCUAAAACACUAACAUUUUCAUGUAUAUCCUUCCAGACAGUUUUCCAAGGAGGUAUAUGGGAUUCUUACAAAAUGGGAUUCUUCUCUAUAUGCUUUGGACAUUAUUUUAAUUUAAAGAAUAUUGUCAAACCACAGACACCUAACUCAACCAGUGAAAUUAAUAAAGAUUCCAAAACAGCAUUCUUCUUUUCCCAGAAAACUGACCAGUCUGCUACCACUAUGCUGGGUACUUGAAGAUCUCUUAUUUAAUUCCACAGGGAAAAUAUGAAAGUAGCAGAUGAGCUAUAUGCACAUUUGGGUUAAGAAGCUGAAAUUCUGUAGAUGGGAAUUCAGGGAGAUUAAAAAAGGAAGGAUAUUUUUUCUGGCAAAAGAGGACUUAGAAAAACUAAAAAAAAAAAAAAAAAAAAUCCAUAACCCAUGCUAGAGCCUGCCCCCUGACAGAACAAGAUUCUUUAUCAGGUCAUCACUUGCCAUUAUUGAAUGAGGAAAACGAAGUAACAUAGGGCCUGUUAAAACCAUCCCCUCUGGAAGACCCAACACAGUAUUAAGGUAUAAAGAAACAUCUGGGCACAUUCCUAGACCAAACACAGUUCUUUUGCACAAAAGGGUCAAAAUUGGGCACACGAGUAUGAAAGUCACUGAGGAAGACACCACUGAUUUCAAGACAGAGAUACAUUCAUGAAGCUUUAUUGCAGCUGUUUCCCUCACCAGGAUGAAGCGACCAGGCACUUGAACCUGCAGUCUUAUUUACAUUCUCAAAGUUACUGACAAAGCUCGGUAACUCUAGAUACCAAGCUGUUAAAGGCUCCCUUUUUAUACCAAUAGUGAAGAUGCUUCUUAAGAAAAAUUCAACCUUGUCAAUGGCACGUGGUUCCCAUAAUUAAAACAGUUGCAAACAGCAUAAAGUGCAGCUGCCAAAAAGUAACAAAAGACGCAAACAAAACAGAUUCAAGUUGUUGCUCAGAGAGCACCGUGAUACACUCUGAGAUGACAAAGUUCCAGAGUAAAACAAUGAUGUAAAUGGAGGUGUGG